UCCCCCACAAAUCGUCGGUGCAAGCGCCAUUGUUGUUGAGAAAAGUCCAGUGGCUAAGUGCGACGGUGUCUGGUCUCGGCGGAAGCGUGUUUUUCAACGUGCCAACGAACAACGGCGUUUUACCAGAGAAAUUGUUGUGCCAUUAACACGGCCACGGAACAGUCCGCCCUACGCGUACGGUGCCAGUGAUAUUUGUCUAGCCAGUUUUUUAACAUGCCUCUGGAUAAACAGGAUCGCCUCUUGGAUACAUUUACAUCUAUGGAACGAGUGCAGUGAUAUUGUUCAUUAGUUAGUCAGUUGUUUUGGUCGGUCGCCGGGAAAAAUAACGUCCAAACUGUUUAAAACGGCUGCAGAUAUGGUGAAAAGGUCGGAUGGCACCGAAUCUCCCAUAUUAGAGGAACAAGAGAGUGCCAACUCGGACAAGCCCAAACAAAUCAUAAAAUACGGUGAACUAGUCAUAUUAGGGUACAAUGGGUUCCUGCCGCAGGGCGACAAGGGUCGCAAACGGAGCAAGUUCGUGCUGUAUAAGCGACCCAUCGCCAAUGGGGUGAAAAGGUCGCGGCACUACGUCGUCAAGACGCCGCACUCGUCCCAAGCGAUACUCGACGCCAACCAGCAUUCGAUUUCCUACACGCUGUCGCGGAACCAUGCGGUUAUCGUCGAGUAUACCAAGGACGAGGACACAGAUAUGUUUCAGAUCGGGCGUUCAUCGGAGAAUCCCAUUGAUUUUGUUGUAAUGGACACCAUUCCCGGUGACAAAACGGGAGACAACAAAGUGAUGCAGAGCACGAUAUCAAGAUUCGCCUGCAGAAUUUUAUGUGAUAGAAACAAUUCUAAAAUAGCUAGGAUAUACGCCGCGGGCUUCGACACCUCGAAAAACAUAUUUUUAGGCGAAAAAGCGAACAAAUGGCAGGAAAACGGUCGCGAAAUCGACGGCUUGACGACGAACGGUGUGUUGAUCAUGCAUCCUCGGGGCGGCAGUUUCUGCGGCGGAGACGCCCUCUACGGCUACUGGUUGGAGACAUCAGUCGGCGGCGUGGUGCUGUCGCUAAGAGAAUCUCGGUCUGCGCAGCAGCGCGGUCACGUGGUCGACGAUGAGACCAACGUGUUGCAGGAUGGCACAAUGAUCGACUUGUGCGGCGCCACACUGUUGUGGAGGUCGGCCGAAGGUCUGGCCAAGUCACCGAGCAAACGAGAUUUGGAACGAGAGAUCGACAAGAUCAAUGCGGGCAGACCACAGUGUCCGGUCGGUUUGAACACGUUGGUGAUUCCGAGGAAGGUGACGCCGAACGAGAAUCAACAGCAACCGUACGUAUAUCUAAACUGCGGACACGUUCAAGGAUUGCACGAUUGGGGCCAGGACAAAGACUCGGGCGCCAGAAAAUGUCCCAUUUGUCUUGAGCUGGGACCUGUGGUUAAAGUCAUCAUGGGUAUGGAGCCGGCAUUUUACGUGGACUCCGGUCCGCCGACGUUCGCGUUCAAUCCAUGUGGUCACAUGGCCACUGAAAGAACUGUCAAAUACUGGGCGAACGUGGCAAUUCCGCAUGGCACCAACGGUUUUCAUGCAGUGUGUCCGUUCUGCGCAUCUCCGUUGUCAGGAUCUCCGGGGUAUAUACGGCUUAUAUUUCAAGAUAACGUCGACUAAAGUUAUUCAAAGGCUUUUUAAAGAAUUAAAUUGUCUUUGGCGAUUAUCCGUGAUGUAAACAGUCCCCGAUUAAUUUAUCUUCAGGUUAUAAUAGUAAAAGUGCGAUAUAAAGAUGAUAUGUAGAAUUUAAUUUCCAAAUUUUUCAUUUACUAUUGUGUGUGGGUGUGAAAUAUAACUAGAUUAGUUGACCAAAGCUUUAUUUAUACUGCUAGAUUUAAUGAUAUUUUCCAAAUAUACAGCCUUAUGUGAGAUAUGCUUGCUGAAGUAAAUAUUCUAAAUUAUUAUAAACGAGUUUUAAUGAAAGUAUGUAUCAAGAACUUGUGUGCUUAUGUGCCUUGUAUCGAAUUUUUGGUAUCUGGUGAAUCAAGACUAGAUGUAAAAUUAUUGGACAUAUAAAAAUGUUUAUUUCACCAUAUCUAAAUUGUACAGGGUAUUGAUGUCAUUUAUGGAAAUUUCUUAAUCUCGAACCAUUUUUAUAAAGCUGUCUGAAAAUACAUCUAAUUAACAGUUUAAUCAGCAAAUGUAUUUCACUUGGCUUUCUUGCAUACUGUAUUUCCUGUAUCUUGUAACUAUCACUAUAUGAAAUUUGUAAAUAUUUAUUGGUAUCUAGGGAUUGCGAAUGAGAUAUUUUUUACAUAGAGUUUUAAAGAAAUUGUCCCCGUUAUUUUUAAUAUUCACAGAGUUUUACCGUAAACAACAGGUCUGUAGUUGAAGAGUAUAAUCUGGUCCCAAAGAAGGUUUUACUCAAAAGGACGAGAAAUAGUAGUUUCUUACGUUUAGGGACAAAGGUACAUUUCAAUAUUGUAAUUGACCUUUUCAACCUCAGACCUGCUAUUAAUUUAAAUCGUGUAUAUAAACAAGCAGUUUGUUAUUUAUAAUGUACCUACAACACUACGAAAAAUCUAUAUUACAGAUCAUUUUUGUAUAUACGGUAAGUCUUGACGAUAUCAAAAUAUGAAAGUAUAUAGCUUUUCAACUAUUUAUUAACUGAAUUAUCCGAAAUUAUUGUAAAUAACCGCAUUACAUCGUAAACUGGGAACAAAGAAAAAACACUUUGUUUCUCCCUCUUCCCAAUAUACUAAAGUAUUAAAGACAACAGACUAUUGAUUUUAUCAUCUAGGUGAAUUAAAAUUUGCAGUAACUUAUGUUCUAAUCUUAAGUGCAAAUGUGUGAAUUGUUAAGACUGGUUAGAAUUUAGCUUAUUAUCUAAGAUUAUUAAUAUAUCAAUUAAAAUAAUGUUAAUAAUUUUUAAACAAUGAAAUAUACAUUUUACUUAAUGUGGUAAAUUAUUGUAAUUGAAUACUUUAGGGUGUAUAUAAAAAUGUGUUAUUGUGAUUAAUGGUUACGUUUUAAGUUCUUCCAUUGGGUUCUUCAAUAGGAAUUCAAAUCUAAUUUUCAACGAAACACGAAACAAGAUGUCGUCUUACAGUUACCUGAACAAACAAGGUAAUUUAUAGUUUUAUUGUAACUUUUUUUAAAUAAAGCGUGAUUUAAUGGAAUUAUAAGUAUAUAUAUUUAUAUAUAUACUUUGAUAUUGGACAAUUUCAUUGAAUAAUUUACCAUAAACUAUUAUUUACCUAUGUCCUAAAAAUGUCAAGUAAUUUUGUUUAUCCAAAUUGUGUAUGUAAAUAUUGUAGUAUAAGUUAAAGCCAUAGAUGGUAGAAUUAAGAUAUAGUUACACAAAAUGAAUUUAUCUGUGCCUGGAUUCACUAAUAAAAAAUUAAAAUCC